AUGGCCUCACCGGCCCUCCUCUCUCCUUAUGUUGGCAGCAACACCAUUGACCCGCUGCUUAUCACCGUCCGGUUCUCGGCCUCGAUCCCGGACCUUCAGCUCGAUGUCAGCGACCCGGACAUCACGACCGGAGCCGGACUCAAGCAAUUGAUCCGGGCGCAGCUCCCAGAAUCCUUAUCAUCGCACCGCCUACGGCUGAUCUACGCCGGCCGCGGCCUGGAAGACACCUCCGCCUUAACGGUCUCUUUAAAACUCCCCCCAUCACCCGCGCGCAGCCCGCGGCCUGCAGCAGCCGACCACUCCGACGACCAAAACCACAAUGAGAGCGCCUUUUGCCUCUCAGAACAAGGACAAGGAAAGGGCAAGCAAGCCGUGCGGGACACGCGCCCACGGCUAUACAUCCACUGCUCGAUCGGUGAUAUCGCGCUCUCGGCCGCCGACCUCGCCGCCGAAGCAAGCGCCGCGUCGACCAAGCUCCUCCAGAAACAGAAAGAAGACGAGCAAGCGCGAGACCCGCGCCAUGCCUCGUCACUGUUUGCGUCGUCGCGUCGCGUGCCCGCUCAUCCUGCGCAGCAACAUCCCGCCCCGUCGACGACGCCCGGCCCGCGUGGCUUCGACCGGCUGCUUACCGCUGGCUUCACCGCCGCUGAGGUCACUGCUUUGCGCUCGCAGUUCCUUGCUGUGCAGUCUGUUUCGCGAACGCGUGAUACCAUGCCUUCUGGGGAGGAGUUGCGUGAUCUCGAGGACCGCUGGAUGGACGAGGGGUCGACGGCUGCGCAGGCACCCGGUGGCGGGGAUGGUGGCGGUGGUGGUCUGGGUGGGUUGGGCGAUGAUGACGGGGGGUUUGGAUCUGGCUCGCGUGGCGCCAUGGAUGAUAUGCUGUGGGGUGCUGUCAUGGGCUUCUUUUGGCCUGUUGGGUGUGCUAUGUGGCUGCGCAGGGAAGAGGGUGUUUGGAGCUGGCGGAAAGGUGUGGCCGUGUUCGUCGGUGUCGUAGUCAAUGCGGCUUUUGGUGCCAUGAGGAUCAUGAACUAG